AUGGCUGCCGUGCUCGACCUGCGCCGCAGCAGCGCCUUUGCCGCGGCACACCUGCGCUGCGCCGUGCACAUCGACGGCCUCGCCGCGCUGGCGCAGCGCUUCAGCUCGCUCCCGCCGGCGCACGGACAUCGCGAGGGCGGCAAGACGAGCAGUGGAGGGCCACAUCUGGCGCUGGUCGUCGUGCACGCCGCCGACGAGGGGGCCGCGCGCGAGGCGCUGGAGCGCUGGCAGGUGCCGCACUGGUGCGUGCAGCCCGACAGCGGCGAGCAGCGUACCACUGCGCUGCGAGCCACCGCGGCGCCGGCGUCGGAACAGCAGGCUGAGUCGCAAGACGAGUCAUCACUUGCGCAGGCCAUCACGGCCCUCUGCCGCCAGCACCUGACGCCGCACACUGAGCACGAGGCCAAAGCGGCGCUGGCAGCCGGAAGCGCCGCCUUCUGGGCCGCUGCUCGCGCUGCCGGGCUUCUCGUGCCAUGCGCUGCGGGCUCGGCGGUGCCCUCGCGGCUUGGACGAGCGCCCGGCGACGUGCCGCCUCUGCUGCACCAGCCGAGCCCGCUGGUGCGCCGCGCCUUGGCGGCCUGGCACGCACAGCGUGGUCAAGACGUCUCAGAUGCUGAGCAGCAGCGCGCCACUGCGCUCGAUCUCGGCUGCGGCGGCGGGCGGGAUCUGGCCUGGAUCUGCGAGCUGGGCCGGGAGCAAGAGGAGCAUUGGCAGGCAGCACAGGUCGCCGACGCGGCCGAGGAGGCCCAGACGUGCAACAGCUUGGCGACCGGUCGCCAACGUCCGCCAGUGUGGCGCUGCACCGGCGUCGACAAUCUGCGACCAGCACUCAUGCGUGCGUCGCUUCUCCUCGCCGAUGCCGGCUAUCCACCGACGCAGCCGCUGCCUGCCGAGGCACAAACCCCCGACCCCUCCUGCGCCAGCUCUGCAGCGCCCACACACGGCGUUGACCGUCUGCUCUGGGCGCAGUGCUCGCCAGAUGGCGCACUCCACGCACUAGCAGCUCCGCCGGGCUGCAGCUCGCGAGUUGCCCGCCUGGGCACGCCCACUCCCUUACGUCCGCUCCUCGGACACACCUUCGACCUCGUCCUGCUGGUGCGCUUCCUGCCGCGCGCAAUGCUCUCGAGUCUCGACGAACUCGUAGCUCCCGGCGGCGUCCUCGCCAUCAGCCACUUUGCCGCCAUCGACGCCGCAGACCAGGCGCCGCUGCCGCACGAGUAUGACUCGCCGCCGCUCGCCGGCAGGUUCACACGAGCCGAGGUCGCUCAGCUGCUGCGACUGUGGAAUAGCCGCGGCACCCAGCGCUGGCAUGUGCUCGGACACACCAUCGACCGCGCCGAGGACGGCCGGCCGCUGCGCAGCGUGCUCUUGUGGCGGCAGCAAUAG